CAGCUCGUUUUGCAUGAGAAUACAUAUAUAAACUUACCACCCACUUCUCUCCAGAACAAUUCUUUCUUUCAAUCAAUGAGACUCGGUCAAUUCAUCAAGUCGAGUAAUUCAUCGCCAGAUAUUACUAACAUUCAUUUUGUAUUUGUGUGAAAGAAUUCAACGUCUAAUUUUCUAUCAAAUUCCUCACAGACUUCAUUUCAGCGACCGAGAAUGUUUACGAGAAAUCUCAAUAAAUCACAAACAACGGAGAGCUUUUCAAGAGAUCGUCGUCAUAAAGGAAAAUCUUCAUUCAGAGAGCAUGCAGUAUCAAAACAUCGUUAUGAGAGAACUACUCGUAAACCUCCGACCGAAGAAAUUCCUUCUCCGAAGUAUGUUGUACACAUCACCUUUAUUAUCAUGAUAACUAACUCAUAUCUAGCACAUUAACCUCCUCCAUAAUCACCAUAGUCGUCGGUCGUGAUCAACGUUUGUUCGCAGGGCACGAAGAUGUACUCUGUCUAUCUCCCUACUUUCAAUCCGCCUGUCGAAAUCAACAUAUGGAAACAACCAACAAACGCAUCUCACUUCCAGACGAAGAACCCGAGAUCUUCUCCUCCGUUCUCGAAUACUUAUAUAAAGGAGAUUACUAUCCACGACUGAUACAUAACCAGCGAAAAAAUACUUGGGAGUUGGAAAGUGGCAAUGGAGAAGGAAGGGAAUCGACUAUUCAUCAUCAUUCUCUUGAGGGAGAAUUAUUGAAAGAUACUGUUCUUUAUUGUGCAGCGGAGAAAUAUGGCUUGGAGGAACUUAAACGUGUGGCAUUGAGGAAACAGGGUCUUCGUAUGUACUUUUUCAUAAGUUUAUUCAUUUACCCCAUAUCAUAGCUUUGCUAACUGACGUGCAAAAGAAUCCGGUAUUCAAUGCAGCACUAUUCUCUCAUCAGCUCGCUAUGCAUAUGCAAAUACACCCGAUACAGAUUCGAAAUUGAGAGCUCAUUACCUAGCUCUCAUCAUUAAAAAUCGAAGCACGUUCAAAAGAAGUGGAACGAUGCAAUUGGAGAUGUUGCAAGGAGGAUCACCUUUAUUUUUCGAUUUAUUCGUCGCGCUAGCUAAUCAUAUCGAUGAUGUUGUUGCGUAAGUUUUUUAUAUCCACUUAUCGUAUGAUAUCAUGUAUGAAUGAUGGCUAACCAUGAGAAUAGGGCUUCUCCAAAAAGUAACAGGACUCAUUGAAUGAUGGGGCAGAAGGCGCAACUUUCAUCUCAUCUGAACUCAACUCAAUACUUCAGGAUCUCUGCGAGCUUUUCUUCAUGAUACGACAAUUCUCUUUGGCUAUUUCUUCCUCUAUCAACUUCUUUUUAAUCCACCUGAUUCGCUUCUCUACUUUCACUCACCAACUUUCACAAGAGCGUUUUCAUUUUCCAACCGCUCAUACAACUUUGGUCCGCGUCUCAAGUCGACUCGAGUCGGAUCUCAUCACAGAAUUAGAUUCUAUCACGCACCACUUACUUCAUUUACUUUUCACCACAAAUAUUAAAUUCCUCGCCUUUUGAUACCACCUGCCGUUAAAUUUGCUUUUUUUCCUCUACCUUCUCUACCUUCUCUACUAGCUUCACUAUCUUCACAUUUUAUCCUCGCUUCGGGAUUUGAUCUUAACUUUGACUUUAUCUUUACCUUUACCUUUUUCUCUUUUCCGCUUGAUUUUAGGGAUUUAAACUUCAUUUUCUAUCUGGCACUGCACAACGAAAUCAAAAUGAAGGUAUGAGAUGGGAUGUUAUGGAAACGAAUGGAAAAGAGAAGAGAUGGUAACUUCAACUCCAGCUUCAGCUUAAGCUUGAGCUUCGCAUGUAUAAUUAUGAUUCUUGCUUUAAAUGUUUUCAUGACUGGGUUAUUUCUUGAUUUUCAUUUUCAUUUUUAUUUUUGGGGAUUUGGAGAGUUGGAGAUGGGGGAGGGUAUUGCGUUA